GAUUUUACAUUGCAGAUCUGCCGGUUGUCUUUAUUGAACUGAAAAUUUCAAGACCUCCAUCUCGUACGUGCCAUAGCAGCAGGGCUUUUCAUAAGAUUUCCAAGAUGCCGGUAACACGUGGUGAGUCUUCUUCCGACCAUACGCGAAUGGAAGCAUCUGAAGCAUGACAGGAGACCAAGUUUCGUGGACCCAUUCACGAAGCGGCCGGGAAGAUUCAAAGUCCCGUGCGGCUAUUUGGGAGGCCAUCUACAACGAACUGUCUCAGGAUCGGCCCGCAGAGAGGGUGGUUCCAAGCUUUGAACAGAGUUUUGCGAACAAUAGUCACAGUGACGGAUCAUCACAGUCAACAUCACUAUCACGGUCAACAUUACUAUCACCAUCACCAUCACCGCCGAUUACAAGAACCUCGCGGCAAAGGACGCCGCCUUCGGCCAGGGAGGGACUACCGCCACGGCAUCAAGGGAGGAACUCGCCCCAACACGACAUCAUCACAUGUAACCUCUCACGUGCCACGGAUCUCACAGUUCACCUCGAGCUGGAUGUGUCGGACGACAUCGACGCUGAUCUGGAAGCCUUCUCCCGGCUUUGCCGCCUUGGCAAUUUCACAGCCGCUAAGCAAAAGUUCAAGGAGAGCUUGAUGGACCAGAAGCGGAAUCCCUAUGUUCUCGUGCAGUAUGCUCAGAUGCUACUCGACUCGGGCGAUUACAAGACUUUGAUGGCUCUCAAGACACCGCCCGAGAUAGAGGAAAUCUCAAGCACUGCCAAUUUGGAUCACGAUCUUCUCCAGUACAAUUGGUAUCUGAUUAGGGCGGUCGGGAGAUUGUACUGCGAUGGGGAGCUUGGGGCUUCUGAUCGUCUUUUUGAGCAGUCAGACACCGAUUACAGCAUCGACGAGAUAGACGAAGAAGUGCCGUCAACGCAGCUCCAGGUGCUCUGCCUCAGGUUGCGCCUUCUCUAUGAUCAAUUCAGUCUAUAUCCGAGCUCAGACAAGGUUAAGACACUUCUCGACCUGUCAAUAUACACCAAACUGCUGACAGAAGGGCGAAUAUGGGAUUUCAGGGACGUCUGCAUCAGCCUCGCCUCCUACGACUACGACAUCGAAUGGGUGAAAAGAGUAUUCAAGGUCGAUUCUGCAUCCGGUCUCGUUUACAAGAUCGCCGAAGAUUGGGAUACCACGGCCUAUGAAGAACCAACCAAGAUUGCGCUUUUAGAUAUCGCAUUGUCGCUUUUUUUUACUAAACGCCAGCUACGUCUCGUGGACGAUAUGCCAUUGAUGAACAAGGCCACUAGUCUAGUGUCGUCAAUCCUUCAGCACAGCCCCGACUUUGUACACUCGAGACAAUACAUUCGAUGGAUUCUGGCAAAAGCUUUUAUGGACGCCUACGAGGCUGAAGGAAUCAUCAUCAGGAACGUUCGACGGGAUGGCCUCAGAGGGGUAUUUCUUUUGCAGGGGCAUUCUCUCAGUCCUCCAGUGUAUAUCCCAGAGAGGUCGGAAAACCCGAGGCUCCCGGUAAAGCGACACCAUUGCGUAUCUGAACUCAUUCCGUUAGUCAAGACCGCACUGGUCGGCGCGAAGAGUCUCGGCGACUAUGAUACCGAGGCGCUCUGCCUACAGGCCUUGAUCUAUCUAUCGGAGGACCCAUCCACGUUUUACGACGACCUGGCCCAAUUGCAGAGAGAUAUCCAGGGUGAUUUCUCGGGCUGCCUCCGGACGUACCUUUCAAAGUAUCUUCUUUGCCAAGACCAAGACUUACAGUCCCGCCUGAGGGAAGACAUGUGGUCUCUGGGACAUGGCGGGAUGCUGAGCAACCUUGACCCCCAGCUGGAAUGGGCUCGUCUUAUGGUUACCAGGGCUCUCUCAACUUCCGCUGUCGAGAGGGCCGAUCUUUUGAGGACCGCGUCAGCGCUUACCAAUUGGCUCCCUACCGAGGCUCAGCAUCUAAUGAUGAGACUGACUCCUGGGAUAUAAAACACAGUUAAUGAACGUGCAGAGCCUGUCCGCGACGAGCAAUGAAGGUGGCCGGCCCGAGAGACAACGUUCCCAAUUCGGGUGCCUUAAAAAAUCGGAGGCUCGACAGGGAUGAUAACUUCGGCUGAGAUCAACUUAUAAAUCUACUACUACUACUGCUGAACAAAGUACAUCUCGUUUUCUGG